AAUCACCAAAUACAGACUAUGCACUGUUAUUUUCUCUGUGCUGUCCUUCACGCCAUCAUCUCGUGAUUAGUUAGUUGACCUAAGUCGAAAGUUGCCGGGAUAGGGCACUGGAGUAACUGUGAGCAAGUAAGCGAGGGCCAGGAUGAACACCGCGCUGAAACACUGGAGGGAGGCGGCGACGGUGAUCUUGGCGGCCGGCCUGAGACACGCUCAGAGCGCGGACUCUCUUAAAACAGGUCUGGAGAAAGUGUCUGACAUAGCGCACAGAUCCGCCUUUGAUUAUCAAGUGCUGUUGCUAAAACGGAGCGGCAGCAGCGGCUUCAUGCCCAAUGCCUACGUGUUUCCCGGGGGGCUGGCGGACGCGUCUGACUUCUCCAGCGACUGGCAGGAGGUCUUUCAGUCCUUCACGAAAGCGCCCAACUACGGCAUUGGAGUCGUGAAGCAGCCGCCGGAGACCAGGCCGCCCAUUUUCGCCACUGACAGAGCGCAGCUGGGAUCCCCGAUCCCCGGAGACGUGGCUUUCAGGAUAUGUGCAGUGAGAGAGACGUUUGAGGAGUCCGGUGUGCUCCUGGCGGUCCCCAAACACGAGGAAAGCGGCAUUCGCGUGCGCACAGAUGAUGCUCGGGACAGUGACCCCCAGCCAACCCUGACCACACUGAGCGGACUGUGGGACAGAGACGUGCUGUCCAAGUGGAGGUCUCUGGUUGUUAGUGACUCGGCGAAUUUUAUUAAGAUGUGCAAGGAGCUGCAGUGUCUGCCCAACAUCUGGGCUCUACACGAGUGGGGCAACUGGCUGACCCCCAUAAGCAUGCACGGCAAACAGAGGCGCUACGACACGGCCUUCUACAUCUGCUGUCUGCGCGACACGCCACACACGCUUCACGACGAGAAGGAAAUCGUUCAUUUCAGGUGGUCCAGUCCCUCUGAAGUGCUGCACAGCUAUAAAUCAAAGGAGAUCUGGAUCGCUCCACCUCAGUUCUACGAGCUUGGACGCAUGUGCCGGUGUCCAGCUCUCGCAGAUCUCCAUCGCUUUGCCUGGCAGAGGUCUUUGGGGGGUUGCGAACAGUGGCUGCCUGUUCACCUGGUGGCGCCUGACUGCUUUGCAAGCAUUUUACCAGGGGAUGCUCUGUACCCGGAAAAAGUGGACCGUUCUGUUAAGGGCGGCGGCGUGAUGAAAACUGAGAAAAGUCUUGAAGAGCUCCAGCAGGACAGUGCAAACCUGCACCGUAUCGUCGGCCAGGAUCCAUAUUCAAUAACUGUCCGAAUGAACAUCACACCCAAGUAUAACCACCUGUCUCCUCUCUUCGGUACAGAUGUGGACAACCCCUCCAAAAACCAUAGUAAACUCUGACACUUACCUUCCAAACAGGUGCAGGACUGAUGGACAGAAACUGUUUUUUUUUGUAAAUCAGCUCAUUUCUACCUACUGAUGUGGAACGUGAGCCAUUCAGUGUAGUUAAAACAUAUGGCCUCCCUAACGUGUUAUAAAAAUGAUAAACAAGACUACCUUGUUGAUGUGACAACUGCUGGUACCAUGAUAAAAAAAGAAAGUGCAUUAAAAAAGAUUACCAGGUGUAAAGUUUGAAUUGUCACAGUUCUUCAUUAAUGUAAUAUUCCAGAGGAGGCAGUAAAGGGUAAAUGGCACUUUGAAUUGUUUUCAUUUGUUGAAAGCUCUCAACUUUUUCAUGCUUUUUGAGUUUGCUGAAUACAGGACUCUACAAGCAAAAAAUAACUUGGAACAAUUGUGUACAAAAAUUGCAUUUGUCUGAUUUAUGGCUAGCAUAUAUAAUCAACCAAUUACAACAAAUCUGACUGUAGCAGCAGCUAUUGCAUAUUUAUUUAUAGUACUGACUAGGAUAAAUCAUUUAAAUGUAGGUUAAGUACAAUGAGUAGUAAAUCAUGAAUUGUCAUUAUGUGAUUGAAAAACUCUAAAGUCACAUUUGAAUUAAAACGGAAGCAUGAUGUGCAUUUCUGGCAUCUUUAAAUUAAGAAAAAAUGAAUUCAGACACAAUGUGUGUGAAUGUUUUCAAACAGUUUAAUCAUACAUAAACUAAAGAUAAACGACCAGAUGCCUGCUUCGUGGGUGUCCAUUAUGCUAUAUUUCUGUAGAGACAGUAGCGUGAAAUCCUUAACCAACCUUAUACAACACAUUUGUUUCAGACAUUUAAUAAAUUCUGCACUCUCUACACUUCCAAUGAAAACCACACAACUUAAAUGACAAAACAACUAAUAAAAAAAAAAACAUCUUUAUUUAAAGGCUUUUUUGUGGAGUUGAUUUUUGUUUGCAUUUUGGUUACUUUGUACAGGUUGAAGUUUGGUCAUGGUGUUACUGUCUUCAUGCUUCUACUUACUGGGAUUUACAUUGUGAAACAACUUAUGAAGUAGAAAAAUCUGUACAAAUCUUAAAUGUUAAAUACAAUCACUCUGUACCAGCAAUGACAAACAUCCCACAGGAAAGAGUACAUUUAAACUCACAAAACAGCAGCUUAAAAUCUAAAUAGAAAAUAACCACCUCAACCCCCAAAUAGAUUAGUCUGUCAGAAUACAUCUUUUAAAAAAAGAGAGAGAAAAAAACUUCCAAAUGUAGCUCUUCAUUUGUGGAGAUAUGCCUGUAAACUAAAGGCUAAGGGGGCAAAGCUGCAGUUGAGCUCUACCAAUCAGUCCAGAACGUCACAACUUGUACAGAUGUCAGAAUGGGAAAGAAAAAAGAAAAUGCUUGCAAGCUCUGUAAAACAGACCAGCUAUAAGGUCGUAACACAUUUUCAUUAACUGAACAACAUUAAGAAGAGCAUGUGUUUUUGCUGCUGUAGGCACAAUUUAUCUCUAAGGACUCAUUUGAAACCUACUUAAAUUUUUAGAACAAUACAUUGUUAAAACUCACUUUAACCCAUAACCUAAACACACACCGUAUUGUUUUUUAAAUCUUAAACCAUCAAAAUGAGACCACGUCAUUGCAGCACGAGCCAUAAGCAUGAUGUGAAACAUACUGUAAAUGUAACCAACAGCAACAUGCAAAACUUUUGGCACCACUUUAUUCAUCUUGAAUUUUUGAAACAGAACUAGAUCACAUUUUGCUGAGGAUUUCAGUGCACUUACAAAAAAACAUGCAUGCUUAAUAUUUACCUGUGACAAGAUAUUCAACUCUGCUCAUUCUAUGCAUUAUUUCAGACUAAUCCUGAUUUUCACACAAUAAGGAAAUGAAAAACGUGUGCCUGUGUUGGCUCGACACACAAAGAAGAAAAAAAGGCAAUUCAAGUGUCUAUUGUAAUGUCACUGUUUAUAGAAACUCCCAAAAUUACAUCAUGCCAACUAACCUAACACAAAAUUACAAAGUUUAUCCUCAAUUUCAGCAAAAUGUGACGAAAACAUCCUCUAAAAGGUUUAGAACUAACAAGUGAGAGAAAGAGGGAAACACACCCACACUUGAACACACAAAAGUGAUUCUACAAACUGAAUGGCUGCUUUGAGAAGAAAAACAAAAACCAAAAAGGAGUACAAUCAGAAGCGCUAGGAAGACUGCUGGAAAACAAUAAAAAUCAGUAAAGAACAAAAUCUGAAAAAUUAAAAGCUGCAAAAAUCUAGUGGUUAUAGUGUUUGUACGUUCUAGAAAAAUAGACUCUUUGCUCAGAACAAUUUUCAUGAAACGUUUUACACUUUUAGCAGUCUUUCUAACGCUCCCUAUUGGCAGCACAAAUGACAAAUGAACAUCACACAAAGAAACAAACAAAAGUAAUCAAUAAGCGUCAAAAGUUAACAAAAAGGUCAAGUGUGAAAUUUCAAGCGUCAGAGAAGCGAAGAGGACAACGGACUGGACGAUGAACUUUUGACGUCACAUCGACAUGCUAGGCAAACGAUGACAAACGGGCACGAAGAUAUCUAGAACAAAAACAAACAAAAAAAACAAAUAACAAACCUAGGUUAAAGCACAACGGAAAAAGGAGAGGGGAUGAAAAAGAAAAUCAUGAAUGAUUAUGUUUGCAUGAGGAGGGGGCUUUCGUAGGUGCACACAUCAUCUAAACACAAAACAUUGAAUGCAACACAGGAAACGAUGAAGAAAAGUGGGAAGAAUAAGCACCAUGCCAACAGUGAACAAAGGGAAUAACAUUAAACAUCAACAACACCGAGAGACAACACAACCUGCCUACUACAGCUACGACAAUACUGUCCUCGACAGCAACAUUUCAAAUGAAAAUGUUCGAUUUCUCACAACCGCAUUUCGAUUUUAGACCAAGGGGAAGAGAGGGAAACAAAAAGAAAAAUUGUGCUUCAACGUUUCAGCUCUUUCAGUGAAAGUCCUUUUAUUUUGUGCUUCAAUUUUGAAUUGUGAGGGACUGUGGAAUAAUGCAUAUUUGGAGCUGGUCAUAUUGGUUCUCGUUCACAAAACACCCGUCAUGGGAAACACAAAUGGAUACAAUUUAGCUACACUGAACUCCGUGAAGGACAACAACAUGAUGGGACACAGCGCAGAACAGAGUAUCAUCAUUAAACGUAUACAGAAAUUUAAGACUCGAUGUGUUUGGCACAUUAGUGGAACGUCUCUGCACUUGUGAGCUGUUUUAAGGCGCACAAAUCCGCAGAUCUUUGCACAAACGACAGUCAAUCUGCUCCGGAUAAAAAUAAAUAAAUAAAAAAAAAAAAAAA